UUUGUUUGUGAGUGUGAUUUCGGAAAAAUUUGUUUGUUUAUUGUUGUGACGUGAGUUGUGAUACAGCAUUUAACUGAUAGUCUAAACUAAAGUGAAAGAAAUAAUAUAAACGUAUUUUCCGUACACAAGUAUAUAGAAUUAUAUUCAGAUUUUUCGUUCUUAUAAGUGCAGUACUCUAUUUUUUAAUAUUUGAGCAUGUUUGCCCAAAAAACACGAGUCUUCUCUCAAGAUGCAGAGCUGUCACAGAUAGAAAACAUAGAAGACAGUCAAAAUUAUCCUCAAAAUAGUAUUCAACAACAUACUCAUGACAGUUCAGAGGAAUAUAAUAUGGUCACAGCACCAACUUAUCCUCAAGAAGCUUCUGAAGGACAGCUUUCUGUAAGGGCUGAAGCAAUUUGUGAAGAAAAUCGCCGCAUAACAGAUCUUGUUCAGUCGAGUUUGAAGAAACAUGAAAAACGUCGUAUUAAUUUGAUGAAUAAAAAAACAAAAAUUGAAGAAGAGGUAAAAGUUUAUUUAGAGAUUCAUGAACGUCAACGUCGUGAAUCCGUAGAAACUCAGAUGAAUCUUGAAGAAUUGACUGGAAAUUAUCAAAAAGAACUUAACGAGCGGCCUAAAUUAAUGGAAAAAGUGAAAGAUGCUGAACUUUUGGUCGAAAUGUUUGACAAUUAUUAUACUAAUGGGUUGACUGUUGGAGAAGAGAUUAAAGCAGCUAAGAAACAUUUGGAGACUGAAAAGGAUACUAGACACAAAGGAUUAGAAACAGUCAAACAGAAAAAGAAUCAGAUUGAACUUUUAUUUAAAACAUAUAUAGAAAAAAACAUAAAGAAAGCCCAGAAACACAAAGAAACCAUUGACAAGGAAAAAGAAGAUUACAUAACUGAGGCUCAGGAAUUAAUCCUCCAAAAUGAUGAAAAGGCAAACAAAAUUAGCUAUUUAGAAAAAGAGAUUAAAAAUGUGUUGAAAGUCAAAGAAAAUUUAAAUAACAUAUUCAAUACAAUUUCACUUCAAAACAAAACGCUCUUUGAAGGAAUCAGUGACCUUCACCUUAAACUGGAUGAGUGUAGAGCUGUUGGUGUUUCAGACAUCCAGAAUCUUAAACUGCAGAUUAAUACUGAACAAAACAAUAACACUAAUCUGGAAUUAAAAUUCAAAGAAAAGGAAGAUUAUUUUAAUAGCUUGUCAACAAAACAAAAAGGAUUAACUAAUUUAUCUAAUCAACUGAAAAGUGCUGUAGAAAAUGCAUCCAAGGCCAAUAAAGAACAAUUAAUGAAAAUUGAAGAAUGCUCUGCUAAAAAAACAGGCCUUAAAGAACAAAUAAACUAUUUUGCUGAGGAAAUAAAAAAAUAUUUAAAUGCUGAAGAGGACAAUGACUCCUUUAAGAAAACAUUAUUCACAUUAGAAGAAGACAUAAAAUUAUGUAGUACGUCUUUGAAAGAGAAAGAAGACGUUCUAUACAAUCUUAAUGAUCAGAUAGCUGUGUCAAAGAGAGUUUUGCUUGAAAUUGAAGGGAAGAAAGUCCAAGCUGAUAGUGAGUUAGAGAAAUGCAGGAUAUUAAAACAUGAAUUAAUUUCAAAAGAAACAGAAGAAAAUAUGUCGUAUAAACAAGAAAGGGAUAUGAAGAUGAAGCAAUGCAGUAAUAUGGAACAAGAAAACAAAGACCUUUCUGAUAAAGAAAAUGAACUUAAAAUGAACAUUGAAGAACUAAUAAUGUCUAAUAAAAAAUUAGAGAACAAAUUGAAAGAAAUUGAAAAAUUAAUAGAAAAGUAUAACCAAGAUACAGAAAACAGUAGAAAAGAGCUAUUUGUUACUAAAAAAGAGAAUGAAGAAUAUUUAAACUCUUUAAAGGAAGAGCUUGAUGAAAAGUACAACAGAUUAGAAACUUAUGAAGCAUUAAUUAUUGAGUUAAGACCAAAACAAGAGAAGGUAAUUGUAUUUAAAGCCAAAAUAGAAGCUUUGGUGCAAGAUUUACAUAACCAAUAUGAACAGUUUGAGAAAGAAAAGAAAGAAGUUGAUUGCAACUUUAACGUCAAGACACUGGAGCUUGAUAGAGAAGUUGAUAACUACAAAUCAGUAAUGGAAAAAAUACUAAAAAGCGAAGAAGAAGCAACAGAAAAGCUUACAGUUGAAAUUCAGGAAACUGAGAUAGUAAAAAUGAAACUAAGGGAAGAAUUAAAAUCUCUUCAUAAGGAAUUAAAUAUUUUAAAGAGUAAAGAGAUGUAUAAACGAGACAGAGUAUCUAAAAUGGAGAACCGUCUUCGGACAAUUAAUAAUGAAAUUAAAGUUACUAAAAAAGACUUUACAGAUGUAAUGACCAGAAAAAUUCAGACCCCAAGUGCAGCACAAACUACAAACAAACUGACAACACCUACGUCUUCUUUCGGUUCUUAUAAAAACCAUAACACUACACAAAGCCAAGGUCAACCUCUUGUAAAGAACAUAGUGCCCUCUAAGGGGUUAGAGUUCCUACCAAAUGUUUCUAACCAGGAUAAUGUAAAGAAAUGGGUGGAGUCUGUGCCAGUUGAUGAAUAUGAAUUCAGUGACAUAUAAAUUAAGAAGAUAAACCUUCUAAUUUAGCUUCGUAGUUAUUGAUUUAUAUUGUAUUUAGUUUUAGUAGUUUAACUGAAAAUGUACAUAACUUUAAAUAAUAAAUAAACAGUCAGAAGAAAGAAGAUUGUUGAAAUGUAAAAUAUUUGAAUUUAAGAAAUCUGAUUUAUGUAAUCAAUUAUGUGUGUAGUGUUCAUAUCAGUGAAUUAGAUAUUCAGACACUAUUUGUAUAGAAUAUAUAAUUAUUAAUACAGUGUUAUGUGCAAUUAACAAAUCUUGUUUGAUUGUGCAGGUUUAGUAACGUUAUUUAAUAAUUCUUACCUAACAUAAAACAAUAAUAAAUUGGAAGCAAUUAAUUAAAAUUAGAGGCUUGUUUGAAAUUAUGAUUUUAAAAUAUAAGUAAUCUAGUGUAUGUUAUCAAUUAUUUGUAAUACUCAAGUUAUGUACUUCAUUUUAAUUUGUUAAGAAUAUAUAAUUAUUAAUUUAAUGUAAUGUAAAAAGUCUUGUUUCAAUAUGCAAAACAAAUAAAUUGUGUUAUAUUAAAUCAUA